AGCAGUGCACAUCAGGACAAACAGACCGACGUGGGACGAGGGACGGACGUACCUUGCCGAGGAAGGACUUCCAGGUCUUUAAACGGGCUAGUUUCUCGCGAGACACUGAUCGACGGACAACUCUGGAAUUCGACAAACGUAUUCGACAAACUGCUUCAUUAGUCUAGAUUCUCUAAUCAGGUUUAUGGAGAGAGAUAUCCUCUUGUCAGAGGUGACGAGAAUCAUCUGGUCUGCUUAAACUCUAAUAAUAUGAACGAAGUGAAAAUGGAUUCGCAAGAAAUCACGAGCAACGCGGCCGAAUCUCCCUCGAAUCGCGAAUUGAAUGUGGUAAAGCCAAAUCCGCCAUUACCGACCGUCUAUCGGGCGAGACCGCAAGGUCCACCUGGAUUACCGAGGCACCCUGUAAAUAAUGGUCCCAUAGGACAGCCACGACCGGGCCACGGACAGCCUCAAAUCCGUUUCGACAAUCGAUCCCCAACAGGGCCGAACAAUCCCGGCCAGUUCGUACAGCUGAGACCGUACGGCCCUCCAAGGCCACCCGUAGCUCCUUAUCCUCAGAAGCCGGCUCAAGGUCAACAUCCGCCCAACAUCGUACCGAGUCCACGUUUCCCACAAGCAUCGCAAUUGCAACGCAGUCCAGGCCCGCCAAGACCACCACCCCCCUAUCCUGGAAAUUAUCGAGCGCAAAAAUUCCAGGGCAGCCUGCAACGACCUCAACAACCGAGACCGGAAUAUCCCCAGCAACGAAACCAGGACUCGCAACUGGCCGUCGCGAGAUCGCGGUGUGAAAUCGUGCAGAGACAGUUGCAACGAAAUGAGUCGUUGUUGAACGUAGGUUUCCAACAGAACUUGGAACAGGGGAGGGAAGAGAGGAAACAACAACAGGUGGCGCGCGUAAUAAUCGACAAAAUGGCGGACGUGGACAACUCGAAGAAGUUGCAACAGUUCGAGACCGCUGUUUCGAAGGAGAAGGGCGAAUUGAGGGAGAAUGAAAACGACGACGACGAUGACGUUGUGAUGGAUGGGAGGUCGCCUCGUGCUAACGGGGAUGUUUCUGGCCGAGACGAUUUCAUCGAGCCCAAGUUGUUGAAGAACGAUGUUCAAGCGGCGAAGAGGCCGGAAACUGCGACGAUGAACGGGAAAAUGACCUCGGACAAACCGGACGUGGUUGGUCUGAGCGAGAAACCUAUUAAAGAUUCGAACGUGACUGAAAGUGACAACAGAUUGUCCGCGAAAUUGGACGAAGAAACGCAUAAAAGAUCGGUGGAUAAAGAGGACGUUGAUAAUCAGAUGGAUGAACCGGAAAGGAAGUUGUUGAAAGAUCAAAACGAGAAGGAGAACUCGAAUAAGGAAAAUGACGCGAAACAGACGGCGCAGAUCGAUGUGAAUUCUUCGUCUACUCCAAUCGAUAAGGAUCGAAUCGAAAAAGAGAAUUCGAUUAAGAAGAGUGACACGAAAUUGACGACCCAGGUUGAUGUGAAUUCUUCGUCCGCAGUGGACAUCAAAGAUCAGAUCGAGAAAGAGAAUUUAAAAAAGGAAAGUGGCACGAAAAUGACGAUACAAGCUGAUAUGCAUUCUUCGUCCCUUUCAUUUAUCAAAGAUCAAAUCGAGAAAGAGAAUUCGAAUAAGAAGGAUGAUGCGAAAACGACGACACAGAUCGACGCGAAUUCUUCGUCCAUCCCAUCUGUCGAAGAAAAUUCAAAUAAGGAAAUUAAAGACGCGAAACAAGCUGAUACGCGUUCCAUUCCAACUGUCGUGGAAGACAAAGUUAGUGCACCUACCGAAAAAUCUGCUGAUGAAGAAAAGAAGUUGGAGCAGAGUUUAGACGCGACUUCGCCGUCUCCAGAAAAAUCGCGCACACCGACGAAACCAGGCGAGGAUGACAGUGAACAGAUGCAAGCUUUAAGCUCCAAGUCAAGCCCUGACAAAUCUCCAAUGAAAGAGGAAUUGAAGACGUCUCCCGAUAAAUCGAGUAAUAUACCUGUAGAAGUAAGUCAAAAUGAGCGAGAAACGAAAAAACCGGAACAAUCGAGAGAAGAUGCACCGAAUGAAUCGACGAGAGUACAAAGCGGAGAAGAGUUGAAGACGCCACGAAGCGAUUCGCGCGCAGCUACGCCAAAGAAGGAAGAAACGAAAGAAGAUCGAAAGGAGAUGGAGAAGGAGCGAGAGGGCGAGGAGAAAAUCGAUUCGAAACCAGAAAUUAAAUCGGAAGUGAAAUCAGAAGAUGCGUCGAAGGGACAAGAUAAAGAUGAAGAGGAAUUGAAAGUAUCUAAGGACGCGUCGAUGGAAACGAGUCGGGGCAAGGAGGAACCAGAAACUAAAGAAGUGCCUAAAUCUUCGGGGAAAUCGUUGGAUCCUGAUCAUUCUCCGAAGGAGAAAGAAUCGAGCGAUCCAUCUGCGAAUUUGAUUGAAGAAAAUGUCUUGAAAAAUUCUCAUCCUGAUAAACUCGAAGAAUCUUUGGAACAGAAAAGUGUUACUGCGAGUCGUCCUGCUUCUGGAAAGGAAGCAAGCGAGAUGAAACCUCCAGUAUUAUCAGAGGAUCGAGAGAGGGUUGCGGAAUCAGCAGAAUUGUCGCCUCCAAUGUCCCCGGAGGAAGGUACGAAGGGUUUCGACAAUGGGCAGCAGAGGUCGUUGUCGAUAAAAUCUUCGCCGAGUCAAAGUCUUCAGUCGCCUGUCUCUCCAAAAUCACCGAAAUCACCCAAGUCUCCGAAAUCGCCCAAAUCGCUUACCGACGAUAAGAAAGUGACGGAAGAAAAGGUGAAAACUGAGGAGGAAAAGGAUGAGGAUAAAACGACACCUGAAACAAAAAGUUUGUCGAAAUCGGCUACGCCUAAACGCGCGCCUACGUCUGGUAAACAGGAUAAGAAAUCGAGAAAGAAGUCUUCUACGACACCAGAAGUAGAAAACGGCAGUGUAACAAACGAAUCGGUUCAAUCCAAUGCGGAACCAACGACAAAUGGAGUUGGGGAUUCACCAACGAAAAAAUCACCCUCUAAGACGAAGGAAGCCGAUAAAAGAUCGACAGCUGGAUCACCUGUAAAAUCGCCAAGUAAGUCCGUCAAAUCGUUGCCAAGAACUCCAGAUACUCCUUCGUCGACAACUGCUUUGGAGAAGAAAAAAUUGCCUAUGAACAAAAUUCAAGUAGGAUCGGCGCCUUCUCCAAAUCUGAAAACAGUACGAUCGAAAAUCGGCUCGUUAGAAAACGCAAGUUACAAACCAGGUGGUGGAAAGGUGAAAAUAGAGAACAGAAAGCUCGACUUCAGUAAAGCGCAACCGAAAAUCGCCGCAAAAAAUGAGAAAUAUACACCCAGUGGUGGCGAUAAAAAGAUCGCCCAAAUUAAACUUCAAUGGAAUGCAAAACCAAAAGUCGGAUCAUUGGAAAAUGCAACGUACAAACCUGGUGGUGGCGACAAAAAAAUAGAAACAGUGAAACUUGAUUUCAAGGAUAAAGCAAAACCGAAAGUAGGCUCAAAAGAAAAUGCCAAACACAUUCCUGGCGGUGGUAGCAUUAAAUCAUCGGCAACACCACCUAAGACGCCACAGGAUACGAACAACGACAUUCAGACACAAAAAAUUGACAUCAAAGCUGAGAGUAAAAUUGGCUCCUUAGACAACGUGAAGCAUAAGCCAGGAGGUGGCGAUAAGAAAAUCUUCAACGAUAAAGAAUAUCUUCGACAAACUGGUACCAAUCCUGAAAGCCUUUGUGGCAGUGGAUCACAGGAAAAUACAAUUGAAGAGAUUAAUUCUUCUCUUGAACAGGCAAAAGAUGAUUUACCACAACCACCACCAAGUACACCAACAAAAAUACAAAAUCUACCAUCACCGUCUUCUAUGGUAACUCCUAAAGCCGUCAGAAGUAGUUUGGCUAAAUCUCCUGAAAUAGGAUCAAAAAAAAAUUCAUUAUCUCUUGAAAUUAAAGAGAAAGAAGAUGGAAACAAGAAAAAUCUAAAUUCAGAAGAUAGAAAUAUAAUGAAAAACAAAACAGCAAAAUCUCCUAUAAUUUCACAUUCUCUUAAUAAUUCUCAAGCAAAGAGUCCAGAAAAUAGAACAAUGAAAUCACUUACUUCUUCACAUAUUCUUAAUAAUUCUCCAUUAAAAACUCCAGAAGAUAAAACAAUGAAAUCACCUAUUUCUCCACGUUCCGUUAAUAAUCUUGGAAUAAAAAGUCCAGAUAAAUCUUCCUCUUACAUGUCUGGAAAAAUAUCGCCAAAAGAGUUACGGCUUCCAAAAUUGGCACCCUCUCCUACACCACAAGAAAUUACUACAAUUUCUGAAGUUAAUGCAAAAAUUAAUUUACCAAAAUUGAUGGAACGUAUUACGCAUUAAAUUAUUUUUCAUAUAUUUUAAAAUAAACUUAU